UCCUAGUUUAGAGAAUCACCAUCACACGUCAUUGGAUGUUAACUAAUUUUAAUCCAAUUUUGUGGAGCCGGGUAUUCCAGCAAACGAAAUGGAGGAGCAAAAUUUAGAGCGAUUGCGUGGUAAAAACGCGGAUCACAUCAAAGUUAUUUUAACCGAAUUUAACAUGAAAAAUGAUGACCUUUUCAAUUUUUCAACGUUUCAUGUGAAUGGGUGCUGGCAUGCAAUGUGGCGUGCUCUUUUUGAUAUUCUGAAAGAUGAUAGUUUGUUCGAUCUACACGCCCUGACUCUAAAUAGUGUCCGUAUCUUGACGCGUGACAAGUGUAGUUUGCAAACAGAGGAUUUGGAAGAUGACGUACUUUUCCUUCUUAAAAUGGCUCAUUUGGAACAUCCAGAAGCUGUUGAAGUUGAAUCUGAGGCUUCAGAAGCAGUAACUUCGAAAGGGAGUGCGCAUGAAAUAGAUACUGAUGGAGCAUCAGUUCAAAGUGGUAAUUUUCAUUGGAGCGAAAGAACAACCCAGGUCGUUGUUGAGUCGCUUAAGUGUUUGUGUAAUUUGGUAUUCCAAUGUGCAGACCGCCGUCGCCAGUGCGUAAAAUCAAAUAUAACGGACGCUAUUCUCAAACGGAUCGCCUCAUCAGUACAACAUCCAUCAUGUGUUGAGUUUUUCGACAUGAAACUAUUAUUUCUAAUUACUGCAAUGGAGCCUGCUGCAAGGACACGUGUUCAGCUUGAUUUAAAUGGAGUUGCCUAUAUGACUGAAUGGCUAGAUGAAAAACUGACUGAAAAAGAGAUUACUGAUGAGCAUCUGGAUUUGUUGUGUGAAAUGCUAAAGGUAAUGUUUAAUAUAACCACGAAUUCCGAUAAAAGUCCAAAUGAGAAUGAAAUUCAAAGUCGACAUUUGACCGGAGUAAUCCGGAAUUUACUUCUUAAUUUUGGAGAAAUGAUUAAUGAUAGAGAGCGAAAUGUGGUUAUGCACGCCAUCAACCUUUUGACGAACAUUUCGGGGAGCUGCUUAACCGAGCUACUGAUCAAGAGCGAAUCAAAUGCACCAGCAACAUGUCCGACGAUCAUUUACGAAGGAUAUAACGUACGUGCAUUAGAAAUAAUUUUGCGAUAUUUAAAAGGUGUGUUAGAUGAGCAGGAACAGGCUGCAACAUCUACUGAACUUAUUUCUCCAGUAUUAACAUUGUUAGUGAAAUGUGUACGCAGUGAUAGGAUUAUGCGGCACUAUAUUAGAAGCGUAAUUUUGCCUCCUUUACGCAACGUUUAUAAGCGUCCUGAAGUAGGAGAUGAAUUACGGAAUCAUCUGUGCCGUUUUUUAACUUUACCCGAACUGGUUUUGCGUGACUUGGCUACGGAAUUACUAUUCGUAUGUUGUAAAGAAAAUGUGGCGCGAAUGAUAAAGCACACCGGGUAUGGCAACGCCGCUGGGUUAUUUGCAAAGCGUGGUCUUUUAGGUGGUCGACAAGUUGAAAACGCCGAUUACUCUUCAGAUAGCGAAGACAGCGAUACUGAAGAGUACAAACAAGUACAGCAAAACAUCAAUCCAGUUCUUGGGUGCUAUGAUGCGCCUAAGCAAAGCCCUUUUGCAGGGAUGUCAGAAGAGCAAAAAGAACACGAGGCCAUGCAACUUGUUAGUCUGAUAGACAAGCUCCAUAAAAGCGGAGUGGUACAACCAUGUCGCAUUGGUGAGGAUGGUAAGCCGCAACCAGUAGAUCAUAUAUUGCAACUACAGGAGGAAUUACCUCAACAGCAAGCUGAUCAAAAACGCAAAACAUAAAACGAUGGGUUCCACCUCUGAUUUAAAUUUAGUAUAGCAAUGUGUAUAGGGUGCGUCGCCUAAUAUACAAACUUAAUUUGAUAAUUUUUAAUGCAAAUAUAUUACAUUUCCAAAGUACAUACCAGCUGAUGAAUAAAUGUUUAUAAAUACUGUAUUGCUGCAAGCUUAUCAGGAUAUGUGGCGUCUGCACUUUCAUCAACAUAAUAAAAAUUAGGUUGAAUGCAAUUCCAAAAUUGUUCAUAAACACAUGCAUUUUUUUGAGCUUAGAGCCAAAUUAUCCUAAAUGUAUUAUAUGCUAUUAAAACCACCAAAGAUUAUUUAAGUUUUAUUAUUUAAGUUACUAUGUAAAAGUAAAAUAUACUCUUUUUAAAUAAAGUACUA